AUGGCCAUCUUUGGCAAGAAAAAGUCCGACAAGGACAAGGACAAGGACAAGGAGAAGCAGCCCGGCUCCCAGGGCCCUUCCAACGGCGACAGCAUCUCUUCCUUGUCCCCCGCCCUCGACGGCUCCGUUCGACAAUCGCAGCAACAACAGCAACAGCAACAACAACAGCAGCAGCAGUCGUCUUCUCCCUACUCUGCUUCCGGUAUCCCUGUCCCAGGCGGCUCACACAUUCCAGGCAAAGGCUCCAUAUCCGGUCCACCCGGUGCGCCCGGCAUGCCCAUGGGCAGCGGUUUUGCUCCUCAGUCUGGUAUCCCAGCUCCCAGUUCUGGACCUCUGGGUUCCGCUUCUGGCUUUCGAUUCGGUGGUCCGCCUCCUCGUCCCGAUGGCAUGGCGUCCGGCAUCCCCGCUCCCGGUCAGGGCUCCAUGCGCUCGCGCAAGAUGAGCGAACAGGGCGCUCCCAUCGCGCCCGGUGCUCCUGGCUCCCAUUUCGGCAUGCCUGGCGUCGGCAGUCCCACUGCAGGCAGCAUCUCGGGCCUUCCCACCCAGUCUACCGGGCCCGACGCCGGUCCGCCGCUCGCCAACCCCAACGCCCCGGGACAGCCGGGACAGCCCCUCGAAAAGGGUCGCUCCCAACACGUCGUCUACCCCUGGAGCCAGCGUGGUCUCGUCAUGAACCCGCCCAAGUUCCUCGACGAGACGCGUCAGGCCCCUCCGGGCGCUCUCAGCCCCUUCCCCUUCCCGCGCUACGGUCACGCCGUCAACCAGGCUGCCAGCUCCAACGGCGAGCUCUACCUUUUCGGCGGUCUCGUCCGCGAGAGCGUCAAGAACGACCUCUACACCAUCUAUGCCGACAAGCUCAUCUCACAGACCCCCAACUCGCCGCCUGGCGCUCCUGGCGCUGGUCCCGCCGCUGCCAACCAGAUCUACGCCAGCGCCACCCUCGUACAGACCACGGGCGAGAUCCCCCCGCCACGCGUCGGCCAUGCCACCGUGCUCGUCUCCAACGUGCUCAUCCUCUGGGGCGGUGACACCAAGGUCCGCGCCGACGACAAGCAAGACGAAGGCCUCUAUCUGCUCAACCUCAGCACGCGCGAGUGGACUCGCGUCAAGGCCGGCGACGGCCCCGACACCUGCCCCGUCGGCCGAUACGGCCACAGCGUCGCCAUCGUCGGAUCGCGCUUCUUCGUCUUUGGCGGCCAGGUCGACGGCUCGUUCAUGAACGACCUCUGGUGCUUCGACCUCAACAGCCUCAAGGGCACCCCUGUCUGGGAGUGCCUCAAGCCCAACGGCGACGUGCCUCCCAGGCGCACCGGUCACGCCAGCGUCACCUACAAGGACAAGAUCUACGUCUUUGGCGGUACCGACGGACAGUACCACUACAACGACACCUGGUGCUACGACAUUGCCACAAACAGCUGGAAGGAGCUCUCCUGCAUCGGCUACAUCCCCGUCCCGCGCGAGGGUCAUGCCGCCUGUCUCGUCGACGACGUCAUGUACAUCUUUGGCGGCCGUGGCGUCGAUGGCAAGGACCUCGGCGAUCUCGCGAGCUUCAAGAUCACCAACCAGCGAUGGUACAUGUUUGCCAACAUGGGCCCUUCGCCCAGCGGUCGCUCGGGACACGCCAUGUCGACGUUCCAGAACAAGGUCGUCGUGCUCGGCGGCGAGAGCUUCACCGGCGCCAAGCCAGACGAUCCGGCCACCCUGCACGUGCUCGACACGGCCAAGAUCAAGUACCCUACCGACAACGCCUCGCAGAUCAAGAACCCCGCCACCUCCCAGGCUCAGAAGCCCGGUGCUCCCGCCGGUCCGGGCGCAGCUCCUGGCUCCCAGAUCCCCGGUGCCAACAACGCAUCCGUUCGCAGCGCCAUGUCGCCUGUCGCCGAGGCUGAUGAGCGCCAGAGGGCCAUCUCGCCUACCAGCCGAUCGGCGCCCAGACCGAUGCAAGGUAGUGCGCCUACCUCGCCGAAUCGUGGCCUGGAGCAAAACUUUGCCCAGCAGCAGCAGCAGCCGCAGCCCAUGCCUGGCCCGGGCGCCGGUCCUAUGCAGGCACAGCAGCAGGUGCCGCCUCAGCUUCAACAGCAGUAUGCGAACCAGGCGCCUACACAAGCGUCCCAGCAGCCAUCCCAGCAGUCGCCCUACCAGCAACAGCCCAUGGCUGGCCUUCCCAACGGCGAUCCGGCGUACGGCGCCACCAGCCCGCCUUCCAGCAUCCAGCAGCACCAGACUCAGCCCAUCCAGCAGACUGUCCAGCAGCCUGUCCAGCCGCCCGUUCAGCAGCCGCCCAACAUGCAGAUGCAGGCCUAUCCUUACGCGCAGAACGUGCCCGGCGUCGGCCCGUCGAGCGCAGCGUCCUCCAACGGACCUGCGCCGCACGGCGGCCCGCGCAGCCAGCGCUCGAUCGAAAACAUGCGCGCCGGCGGUGCGCUUUCGCCCACCAACAUCAACUCGAUGCGCAGCAUCAACGGCGUGGUGAGCAAGAUGGACUCGCCCGCCAAUGCACCCCAGGACGGCUUCCACUAUGGGCGCACCACCAGCCCGCCGGGCGCCAACGGCUACAUGUCGCCGCAGCACGUGCCCGCCGAGCUGGAUGCGAUGCGCAAGCGCGAGGCGUGGUACAAGGCGGCGCUGGCGCUCGCCGUCAAGAAGGGCUUUGUGGAGCCGGACCAGCUCAACGCCGGCGACAUCAGCAUGGAUGCGCAGAGCGUCACGUCGGAGCGCGUCAGCCUCGAUGGCAUCGACACGGGCGCCGAGGGAAGCGACAAGGACCGCGUGCUCAAGACGCUCAUCUCGCUCAAGGCGCAGCUGGCGAGUGCCAAGGCGACGAUCGCGCAGCAAGCGCAGGGUGAGGCGGACCGCCACGCCGAGUCGGACCGAGCACGCUCGGCGGCGCUGCAGGAGGCUGCGUACUACCGCGCCAAGCUCUCGGCGAUCGAGUCGGGCAACGGCGACGAGGUGACGCGUCUGGACCGCGAGCGUGCGAGCAAGCUGGAGAGUGCGCUGUCGGAUGCAUUGCGCGAGGGUGCGCAGUUGGAGCGCCAGGUGGCGUCGCUGCGCGAGCAGACCAAGCUGGAGCAGCAGCUGCGCAAUUCGGCCGAGGAGCGGCUCUCGGAGACGGCCAAGCGCGCCAUGGCAGCCGAGGCGGCGCAGAUGAAGGCGUACGACGAGCUUUCGGCGCUGCAGAAGCGCAGCUACUCGACCGAGAGUGCGCUGCGCGAACACACGGAGCAGGUUACGACGCUGUCGUCGCUCGUGGCGCGCCACAAGGCGGACCACGAGCACGCGCGUGGUCAGCUGGAAGAUGCGCACUCGAAUGUCGCUGCGCACCUGGCGGCGCUGACGCAGCUGCAGGCGGCGCACUCGGCCGUGACGACGCGCGCGGGCGAGUACGAACGGCUGCACCAAGAGCAGCGCAGCAUGCUGCAGCAGCAGCAGGCGAGCAUCGCCGAGUUGCGCGCGCAGCUCGAGGCCAAGACGAGCGAGGCGUCGCUGCAUGCGUCGCGCGCCGUCGAGCUCGAGACGCUGGCGGACCAGCACCGACAGGAGGCCGAGGCGCACCGCACGGCGGCGACGAGCGGGCUGGCUGCGCUGCUGGCGCAGAGGGAGCAGACGUCGACGCGCGAUUUGGGCGGCGCGUCGAGCAGCGUGCCCGCGCAUGUCGAGGAGAAGAUGCGUGCGCUCGAAGACGAGGCGGAGGCGCUGCGACAGCUGCACGGCGAGGCGCGCCAGAUGGCGGACGAGCACGCGGUCUCGCUGCAGGAGAUGCAGGAGCGCCACCUGUCGAUGGAGAGGCAGACGACGACGCUGCGUGGCGAGCUGACGGGGCUGCGCAGCCAGCUGGCGGUGGCGCUGCAGGAGGCAGCGCGGCUCAAGGAUGCGGCGGCGUCCAAGGAUGCGGAGCUGCGCGAGCGCGGACGGGCGAUCGAGACGGCGCAGGUCAAGUCGAGCCUGCUCGAGCAGUUUAUGGCAGAGCGCGGCGUGAGCGUGCCGAACGACGACGAGCUGAGCGUCAAGAGCGGCUAUGCGGAUCGCCGGAUCCGGGAGCUGGAGGAGGAGAUCGACGCGCGCGCUCGCGAGAUGCAGGAGGCCGAGCACCGGCUGCAGGACUCGGAGAGCCGGGUGGAGGAGCUGACGCGGGAGCUGGAGCACCAUGCGUCGCUGACGGCGAGCCGGGGCACGGCGGACAGCGCCGGCGUGGCGGAGGCGGAGCGACGUGCGCAGCUGGCGGAGCGCGAGCUGGCGGAGACGACGGCGUCGUACAAGGAGCGCAUGUCGCAGCUGGAGAACGACUACCAGACGGCGGUGCAGUUCGUCAAGGGCACGGAGAAGAUGCUGCGCAGGAUGAAGGACGAGCUGACGCGGUACAAGGGCGAGAAUGCGAGUCUGCAGAACGAGGUGGCGACGCUGCGCACGCGUGCGGGCAGUGCGGGCGGCAGGCUGAGCGGCGACGAUGGCGCUCGGUCCGAGGAGGCGGCUCGCGACAUCGAGGCGCUGCGCAGCCACCUUGCCGACGUGACGCAGCAGAGCGAGGAGAUCGCGGCGGAGAACCGCGAGCUGGAGCGACGGGUUGCGCAGCUCGUGGCGGAGCAGCAGCGUGGGUCGCUGGACAAGACGCGCGAGGGAGGAUCUUCGGAUGCGGGCCACUCGUCGCGCAGGUUGACGGAGCUGGAGAGCGAAGUGGCGCGACUGCAGGCGAGCCUCGAGGAGUCGCGGCGCGAGGUGCAGAGGACGCUGGAGCGCAACGAGGAGCUGCAGUCGCACGUGUCUUCGAGCGGGGUGCGCAACGACGAGGGCCUCAACAAGUCGCUGAGUGCGGCGCAGGCGAGCAACGAGCAGCUGAAGCGCGAAAACGCCGGCCUCACCCAGCGGCUACACGAGCUGGACGACAAGUUCCAGCUGCUGCUCGGCAGGAUCGAGUCGACGCACGAGGAUGCAGGCGAACGUGCGCGCGACAGCAUGGCGUAUGGCAGCAUCACAUCGGAGCUCGACAAGUGGGAACGCGACCGUACGCUCGGCGACGAGGGUGCCGCCCCGCCCCAGUCGAGUGCCGAGGCGUAUGCGAAGAACGAGGCCUGA